AUGGAUUCCGCAGCGGAAGAGCAUCCUGACAGAGAAAACGUACCCGAAACACAGACAGACGAUACGGAAACAGCAGGGGAAACAGAGCCUGCUGUUUUCGUUGAGCGUAAGAGAAGUCAGUUUUCGUACAAUGCCAGUGCGCUGAGACAGAGAACGAAAUCCACCGACAGCAAACCGACAUCAUCACGUUCAUCGAGUUACACUGCCGAUGCCGGUACCACCGGGGCAACAUCCACAGGAACAAACACAGGAGGUGGUGGUGGCUUCUAUGAGUGCAAUAUAUGUUUUGAUACCGCGAUUCAUCCUGUAUUAACACUGUGUGGUCACUUGUUCUGCUGGUCUUGUCUUGGUCAAUGGUUAUAUGCGCAGGCUCGCAACCCAACUUGCCCAGUGUGCAAAGCUGGAUGCGGCAAAGACAAGGUGAUUCCCAUAUACGGUCGCGGUCAAGAAGAAAAAGAUCCUAGGGAGGAUCCAUCGAUACCCACUCGUCCUGCAGGACAACGUCCACCACCCGUCCGAGAUCCCAAUCGACCAGCUACAUCCUUUUUUGGUCAACCAUUACGGGGGGCCACCUAUAACGCCGGAAACGUAUCCAUUGCAGCUGGAUUCGGAUUAUUUCCCUUUUCUAUUGCUUUUAAUUUCCCUAUGAACGGUGCGAAUCAAGGAACGCCUCAGAGUGCAUUUAUGUCUCGAUUAGUACUGAUGCUUAUUAUGUUAUUUGUUGUUGCCGUAAUUUUUGCCUGA